UCCUGUUGGCCACGUCCUCCAGGUGUACCGCUGGAUAGAUACAGCAUCAAAGGCCAGCAUAAAGUACUGCUUGUCUCCUUCGAUGGCUUCAGGUGGGACUACGACCACGAUGUGGACACGCCGAAUCUGGACACAAUGGCCAAAGACGGGGUUAAGGCCAGAUAUGUGACCCCACCUUACCUCACCAUCACCAGUCCCACACAUUUCACCCUCCUAACAGGGCGCUACAUUGAAAACCAUGGGGUGAUCCACAACAUGUGGUUCAACAUCACCACCAGUGAGAAACUGCCUUACUAUGCUACCCAGUUUAAGAAUGAGUGGUGGGACAACGGCACUCUACCCAUCUGGAUCACAGCCCAGAGACAGGGCCUGAGGGCUGGCUCUCUUCACUUUCCUGGCACGCAAUCCACCUACCAGGGAGAGACGCAGACAGUGAAGGAAGUGGAACCACGGUUUUAUGACCAAAAAAAACCCGAGACAAAAUGGCAAGAGAACGUAGAGAAGGUGAUGGGCACCUGGUUCAGUGAGAUGGACCUGGACUUUGUGUCACUGUAUUUUGGGGAGCCUGACGGCACAGGCCACAAAUACGGGCCUGAUUCCCCUGAGCGGAGGGAGAUGGUCAAGCAGGUGGACAGAACAGUGGGCUACAUCCGCAGCUUGGCUGAACAAAACGGACUUGCCGAUAGUCUCAACAUUGUCAUCACCGCUGACCAUGGGAUGAGCAAUGUAUACCGCAACGGCUUGGUGAAGGAGAUCACCGUUUCCAGGAUCCCCGGAUUCUCCUUCAGAGAUAUAGCCUUUCACCUGGUGGACUUUGGGCUCUCUGGGAUGCUGCUUCCCAAGAAGGGCAUGCUGGAUAAGGUCUACAACGCCCUGAAGGGGGCGCACCCUCACCUUCAUGUCUUCAAGAAGGAGAAGAUGCCCAAGCGCCUUCACUUUGCUAAUAACAACCGCAUCCUACCCAUCAUUCUCUUCUCUGACCCUGGAUAUGUCAUUAACGGAUUCCUCCCAGUGCAGUUCAAUGCAGGGGAGCAUGGCUUUGACAAUGAAGAAAUGGACACGAAGCCCUUCUUCAGAGCUGUGGGGCCGGCGUUCUAAAAGGACCUGGAGGUGGGCCCCUUUGAGACAGUGAACAUAUACCCCUUGAUGUGUCACAUACUGGGCAUCAAGCCUGAUCCCAAUGAUGGCCACCUGGAUGCCACAAAACACAUGCUGGUC